AUGCGCGGUCUCGACGAAAGCACAGAUGUCUUUUUACGUACUGGCCAGAAAGCCCAAGAACAAGUGCGACAUGCAUGGGCUGGUUUUAUAAAUUUUGCAGCGCGUGAUAAUGUUCUCGAGGUUGCGUUGGCUAAUGCAUUCACCAAAGUCGUGACAUCUUUCGUAUCAGAUCUGGUUUUACCAAUUGUGUCUCUACUGCCAUUUCUGAACCGGAACAUGGAUGAGAAAUUCGCUGUCCUCUCGAAGGGUCCGAAUUUUGACCAGCAGAAUGGAUAUAAUACCCUCUACCAAGCGAGAGAAGAUGGAGCAUUGGUCCUAGCUUACGGGUUGUUUAUUGAGACAGUUCUCAAUUUCAUGGGUGUCAGCCUGACUCUGUACGCAGUCGGACAUUUGUACAUGCUUAUCUUUCAUGACAAGAUCAUUAAGCGUACUGUUAGGUGUCCAUACUGCAAGCAGUAUAUCGGUGAAUCGGCGCUGCGCUGCCGUCAUUGCUCAACAUGGCAAGAUGGACGAGAAGAUCUGCCUCGGAGUGGUAAAAGUUCUCGCCAGGAACUGGCUGAUGGCGAGCCGAGUUUUGUUGGGGAAGCGAUACCAGAUGACGGCGGAAUUCUGUGA